AUGGCGUCGUUGCGACCAGAGCCGACGUCCCCGCCUUCCUCACCGUUGUCCGUCCUUUCGCAGUCGCCAUCCCCACCAAGUCCUGACCUGGACCUUUCGAAGCGAUACCCCUCGCCCAGCUCCAGCGCUGGCGUACCUGGCAGCGCAUCGCCGUUGAAGCCCUCUGAUACGUCAGAUUCGGCCGGGGAGAUCCGCGUUCGGACAGACGGGCCACCGCCGCCCAAGCGUCGCCGCGUCGCCGUGCCUCGGAAACCACGCACGACUGCGUACAUCGACCUGGAGAACCCUACCGAAGGAGAGGACGAGAACCUUGGCAGACUCCUGUCAGCCUUGAGAAGGAAGAAGAAGAUCGUGGUCAUCGCGGGUGCUGGUAUUUCCGUGUCUGCUGGGAUUCCUGACUUCCGUUCUCCAACCGGCCUAUUUGCGAAUCUCCGCGGACAGCAUAAACUCAAGGCCUCCGGCAAGCAUUUAUUCGACGCAUCGGUGUACAUGCACCAAUCUUCCACCGAGUCUUUUCACACCAUGGUCCGCGAGCUUGCGCAGAUGACGUCGCAGGCCAAGCCGACCCCGUUCCACCACAUGUUAGCCUCCAUCGCUGCUGAGGGUAGGCUUCUGCGCAUGUAUAGCCAAAAUAUCGAUACACUUGAGACACAGAUGCCGCCCCUUUCCACCACGGUUCCCUUGAAUAGCAAGGGGCCUUGGCCAACCACCAUUCAGCUCCACGGUGGACUCGAGAAAAUGGUGUGUACCAAGUGCGGCCACCUGGAGCCAUUCAACGCAUCCCUAUUUGAAGGCCCGGAACCUCCCUUGUGCGAGAGAUGCAAGGAGCAGGAUCAAGUGCGGACGGCCUUCGCCGGGAAGCGAAGCCACGGUAUCGGCAGGUUGCGGCCGAGGAUAGUGCUGUACAACGAGUACAACCCCGACGAAGAAGCCAUUGGAAACGUGUCCCAGGCGGAUCUGCGGAGGGUGCCCGACGCCGUCAUCGUGGUCGGCACAAGCUUGAAGAUUCCUGGCGUCAGGAGGCUCGUCAAGGAAAUGUGCCAACUAACGAGGAGCAGGCGUGACGGGAUUACUGCCUGGAUCAACGUCGACCCUGAACCCCAAGGCGCCGAGUUCAAGGAUUGUUGGGAUCUGGUUGUGCGUGGGAAGAGCGAUGAUGUCGCCGACCUCGUUAACUUGCCGCGCUGGGAUCAGCAAGAUAUCGGCGAUCGUGAAAGCUACAUGGUCACUGGCGACGAGCUGAAGGAGAAGCGCUGCGAGAUCAGUCUGAAUCGCGAUAGGAUCGACGUUCUUCUCGAGCGCAAGCGCUUGGAAAGCGCGGCGGAGGAUGAUUUCGUGUCUUCCCAGGACGCGCAGACACCAGCAGGCCGGAAACGCAAGCUACUUGAGCAGGGCGGCAUGCCUACGCCCAGCGCAAGCCCCCGUGUCCGCAGCCCGCUUCCUAUGGUCGAGCCCUCCGUGACCAAGACCAAGAGCAAGCAGACUACCCUGUCCUUUGGCUCUGCAGCUGCCUCGAAGACCCCGGCUGCUGGCUCCGGCCCGACACAAAAAGCCGCGCCCAAGCGGAAACCGCGACAACCAAAGAAAGAACCGGCCAAGCCUAAAAACAGGCUCGACCAAACUUUCAAAACAACCAAGUCAGCAGCGUGGCCACUCAAGGACAUCAAAGCCACUCGAAAGCAAACCCCCUCCGAAGGCGACUCAUCAGACUUGUCCUCGCCAAUCAACCUGCCCAACGACUUCCUCAGUCUUCCGUCCUUGCGUCCCCAAAACAGAGCCAGCAAGCCCGCCGCGCUCACAGUCCUUCCCGGUCCGCCCAACGUCGGGACUUGGGAAAUGGGAGUUGCAGACGGAAAGGAGUCGUCUGACCGACCUCGGACGCCGACUGAAACGGUGGACACCGGUUGUGCCUCGAUGGGGACAAUCUCGCCUACCUCAAAGCCGAGGAGUAUGGGCCAUCUUAUUGAUUGA